GCGACGGCGGCGGCGGUAUGGAGGGCGAGAGCACGUCGGCGGUGCUCUCCGGCUUUGUGCUCGGCGCGCUCUCCUUCCAGCACCUCAACACCGACUCGGACACGGAAGGUUUUCUCCUUGGGGAAGUGAAAGGUGAAGCCAAGAAUAGCAUUACUGACUCCCAAAUGGAUGAUGUUGAAGUUGUUUAUACAAUUGACAUUCAGAAAUAUAUUCCAUGCUACCGGCUUUUUAGCUUUUAUAAUUCUUCAGGUGAAGUAAAUGAGCAUGCACUGAAGAAAAUAUUUUCAAGUGUCAAAAAGACUGUGGUAGGUUGGUACAAAUUCCGUCGACAUUCAGAUCAGAUCAUGACAUUUAGAGAGAGACUGCUUCACAAAAACUUACAGAAGCAUCUUUCAAGCCAAGAACUUGUUUUUCUGCUGUUAACACCAAGUAUAAUAACGGAAAGCUGUUCUACUCAUCGGCUGGAACAUGCUUUAUAUAAACCUCAAAAAGGACUGUUUUAUAGGGUUCCUUUAGUGGUUGCCAAUCUGGGCAUGUCUGAACAGCUGGGUUAUAAAACUGUUUCAGGUUCCUGUAUGUCCACUGGUUUUAGAAGAGCAGUAAAAACACACAGCUCUGAAUUUUUUAAAGAAGAUGGAUCUUUAAAGGAGGUACAUAAGAUAAAUGAAAUGUAUGCUUCACUACAAGAAGAAUUAAAGACUGUAUGCAAAAAAGUGGAGCAAAGUGAACGAGAAGUAGAGAAAUUAAUAAAGGAUGUAAACAGAUUAAAACAAGAAAUUAAAAAAAGGCAACAAGCACAGAUUCAGGCAGCACGAGAGAAGAAUGUCCAAGAAGACCCUCAGGAGAACAUUUUGCUUUGUCAAGCUUUACAGACCUUUUUUCCAGGCAGUGAAUUUCUUCAUUCUUGUGUUAUCUCUUUGACCAAUAGGCAUAUUUCUAAAAGUAGGUGUAACACCAACCACCAUCUGGAUAUGGUAGACAACCUGACCUUAAUGGUAGAGUAUACCCAUACUCCUGAAGCUAGCCCAGCUAGUACACCACCGACUAAGCGAAAAGCUAUAGACAUAGAGGACAGAUGGAAAAUGAAGAAAUCACGAUUGUUAAAGAGAGAACACAAACUAUCUAAGACGGGUACUGAUAGUAGUAACCAAGAAAAAGCAUCCACAACCAGUGGCACAGAAACAGAUGAAGAGAUUGAGAAAAUGAAGGGUUCUGGUGAAUAUCCACUGUCUCCCACAUUUUGAUCCUUUUAACCCAAAAUAAGACUUUUGAUUUGGUCGAAGUGUAAAGACAAAUGUUUAUUAUUUUUAUUAUAUUCAGCUGUUCAUAGUAAUACAUGGAUAAUGUAUUUUGUUUUUACUAUGUUCACCUUUUUACAGUACUACAUAGAUAAGUUCUACUGCAUUUAUUUUAUAAAGUACUUCCAAAAAUAUCAGAUGCUUUUAUUUAUUUAUAUUUUUGUGGUGCUGGAGAUUGAACCCAGGGCUUUGCACAUACUAGGCAAGUGCUGUACCACUGAGCUACACCCAUAGCCCAAGAUGUCUUUAUUGUAAAAUCAAAACUUUUCAUCUUGCUUUCACAACUGUUGAGGGAAAGGACUUAAAAAGGCACAUUCUUUUAAACUAGUAUGGCUCUUAGAAAUGGGAAAGAGACUAUUUUUCACAACAUGGGAAGAAGCAUAAAGUUUAUAUGAAAAUUUAUAUAAUCUUUAUGUCAUUAACCCUUAUGUAAGUCAUUAAGAUUUUAGUCCUUAUGCAGUGAUACAAAGUAUAUUAUUAAACUGGACAUGAUGGUACACAUGUGUAAUCUUAGGUACUUGCUACUCUAAAAGCUGGAGUAGAAAGGUCCCUUGUGCACAGAAGUUAGAGGCCAUCCAGGGCAACAUAGCACUCAUGACAGGUACGGUGGCAGUGGUGCACACCUGUAAUCCCAGUAGCUUGGGAGUCUGAGGCAGGAAAAUGGCAAGUUCAAAGCCAG